AUGUCGGAGACUGCCACAGGCAAGUUCACCGCAAAGAUGCAAGUGUCAAGGAUGAAAGGACUGAACGCUCCAGCGCGGGAUGAGAGAAGGAAAGGAAGAGAAGAUGCCCAGCCCUGGUGGUACAGGGGGGAUUAUAUAGCAUUGUCAUGGUUCAAAAUUGCAAGCGCCAUGAUUCAGGCGACAGGUAACAAUCAGGGAUCGGAUUCAAAGACAUGCAUUGAUGUGCAGUGUAGCAGAGCAGAAAGUGUGGAGAAGAGGAGAAUAGAAAAGUAUACUCCAGAUGAAACGGUGACUGCUCAGGGCGGAACUUGUCGCACCAUCAGCCCGGCGCUUCGGAUCAUUGGCCGUGGAAGGAUCGAUUGGCGCCGGCCCACUGCCAAUCAUCGCCUGCAGUUUGGAAGUUUUGUCGCUCUCGAAUUCAGAACUACCCGAAUCUGUGUUGAACUGUCGCAAAAGUCCACUCUGUCCGCCCAAUCACCACCAUGGAUUGACAUUUCCUCCUCAUCCAAACUCCUCAUCGCCUCGCGACUUACAAGUCACAUCUCUCCCCGACUGGGUCAACUGAACACAAACCCUGCGUCACAGACCCUUACUUCCACCUCGAAAUCUCCGCUCGACGUGGGUCAUGUAGCCACUGAUGGUCAAGUAUCCGAUUCUGAGUUGCAAUGA